AUGGGGAGCCAGCUCUCGGAGAUCCCGCCGCCCGACUCAAAUAUACCCCCGCCCGACAGCGAUGGAUUCUAUCACAUAGACCCAAUACCGCCCGAAAUGAACCAAGGGCACCGCUACUGGCCGUUCAAACUUUCAAAGCGGCAGCACAUUCUCAACGAAAUAGCCCUCGUUUGGAACGCCUUGACGUUUUUUCUCUUGGUAUUCAAGUUUUGGAUAUCACGGCGCAUCCCAUGGUCCGCGUCGAAAAUCCUUAUGGUCUGCAUCUUAUGGCCGGACUUUCUCGCAGUCACAAACAAUCUUUGGUUUCGAGAAAUCCCUGCCGCCGUCUUGGGCUACUACAUUGGUGGAUUCUAUGCUUGCCAAGUUCAAGGAUUCAUCGGUGGAUUCUGGGGCUGCUAUUCUCAGGGCGCUGUUCUGACGUUCACUUUGGACAGAUACUCGGCUAUUGUGUUGCAAAAAUCUUUUACGAUGGAGGAGGCUAAGAAGCAAGGGAUUACCAUGAUUUUCUCAUCAGGAAUCAUGGCCGGAUUGCAGAUGGCCUUCCAAAGCUGGGCGGGUGUCACUCCCAUGGGAACUUGGUGCACUCCUUCAUGGUCAACAGGCGAUUGGCAUGGGGCAGUUUUUUCAAGCAUUGGCGUGUUUGCCAUCGCAGCGACAGCCCUCGGCAUCUUUUAUAUGUACUGGAGGAUUUACGCAGAAUAUACCCGCGCCUCGCGCAAUGUGGUCAAUAUGAUCCAAACAAAUCUCAUGUCAGAGGAGCACGACAUUCAUCGACUGAAAGGCUUGAGUGCUACGGAUGUAAUGGAAUCGGGAACUUCAGCCAGCGUCGCUACGGCACAGCUUCAAAGUGGAAGUGAAAAGGUGCAUCUUCGCGGCACCCCAUGGUCGAAUGACAGGUCUACGGCGUUGGUUCCCUCCGCCGUAACCUCGGAGUCGGAGUCAGAGUUUUUAUCAGAAAGCGAGCAUGGCGGCGGUGAGGCGGCAAAGAUCGCACAGUGUGGCAGUACAAAGGGCAAAGCUCGAAUCGCUUUCCCUGAGGAAUCUAAAACGGGACAACUGAAGACCGAAAGCGGCCACGAGAUUACCGAGCAAAAGCGAAAACAUGCGUCGCCAGUUGGGAAGGACGCAAGACCGCCAGAGCGGGCAGCGCGGAAAGCUUUGUUUAAAUUCAAAAUCAGCGACGUGUCGCCGUUUGCCCAUGAUGCAUCGUCCCGUCUUACUCAACUUCCCACGGUACUGGCAUCGAGAACCUCGCCCAUUAGCCCGUCACCGUCUGGAUUGACAUCGCCCUCUGGCAGCUCGUCCGGGCAUCGGUCCGCCUUACUAAAAUCUCAAUCGGCAUCCCUUCCCUUCAGCCCCUCCGUCUCCGGCAUCCGCGCCUCCACCCACGGCAUCACCAGCAAGACCAGUAUCGGCACCAACAAAUCCGGCCACGGCAAAGCCCGCAUGCGCGCCAGUGCCCAGCGCAACGCUUUCCGCAUCGCAGCACAAGCCUCCAUCAUCGUUCUCAGCUACUACCUCUGCAUGUUGCCCACUUUUGUGCUCAUUUGGCAAAAUCUCGUCACGUGGAGACCGGUGGCUCUCUGGUUGGAUAUCGCCGCACAUUUUGGGUGCAUUGCGUAUUGCUUUCUGAACCCGCUACUGUUCAUGUCACUUAAUGCGCAGUGCAGGGCCGCGGUGAGAGAAGAAAUCGAAGCAUGGAGAGAAUGGCUGGGUGGGGCGACGUGA